AAUUUCAAGCUCGCCGCUUCCGCCCGGAGUUGCUCUAGGCUCCCGCUGCGAGCAGCUACUUCCGCCAGGAGUCCUUAGGGUCUCAGUUUUAGACUCUGACCCUAGGGCGGCCUCCUCCUCCUCCUUGCAUCCUUCCCACCCGGGGCCGGGUCCCUAGGUGCGGCGGUAGCUGUUGGGUUUGUCGCGGAGCGUCCUCACUACACGAGUCCUCGGCCUGGGGCGGGGACUGAGCGGUGUGGCAGAGACGCUCGGCCUGGCCCAGCCCAGAUCUUUCACUGGCCAGUGACGGUGGCCAGGGGCCUCGCCGCGCCUACCCCGGCUUGGGGCGGGGCGCGGCCACCCCGCCCCGGCUCCCGCCCCUCCGGCCUGCCCAGUGCCGGGUCGUUCCCUUCAGCCCUGCGGCGGUGUAACCUUCUCGCACCUCCCGGACUCGGCAGUCCCCUGGCUCCGGCCGCUGGGGAACAUGGAGUUUGCGGAGCUGAUUAAGACGCCGCGGGUGGACAACGUGGUGCUGCACCGGCCUUUCUACCCGGCCGUCGAGGGGACCUUGUGUCUGACUGGUCACCACCUGAUCCUGUCGUCCAGGCAGGACAACACGGAGGAGCUGUGGCUCCUCCAUUCAAACAUCGACGCCAUCGACAAGCGGUUUGUGGGACCACUGGGUACCAUCAUCAUAAAAUGUAAGGAUUUUCGAAUUAUUCAGUUGGAUAUUCCUGGAAUGGAGGAAUGUUUGAAUAUAGCCAGUUCCAUUGAGGCAUUGUCUACCCUGGACUCCAUCACUCUUAUGUACCCUUUCUUUUACCGGCCCAUGUUUGAAGUGAUAGAAGAUGGCUGGCAUUCUUUCCUUCCUGAGCAAGAGUUUGAACUCUACUCUUCAGCUACCAGUGAAUGGAGGUUAAGCUACGUCAAUAAGGAAUUUGCUGUCUGCCCCUCUUACCCACCAAUUGUCAUAGUGCCCAAAGCCAUCGAUGAUGAAGCUCUUCGGAAGGUAGCUAUGUUUCGGCACGGAGGACGCUUCCCAGUGCUCAGCUAUUAUCAUAAAAAAAAUGGAAUGGUAAUUAUGCGAAGUGGUCAGCCACUCACUGGCACAAAUGGCAGACGAUGCAAAGAAGAUGAGAAGCUGAUAAAUGCAACCCUCAGGGCAGGAAAGCGUGGCUACAUCAUUGACACUCGGCCUCUAAACGUAGCUCAACAAGCUAGAGCCAAAGGAGGCGGCUUUGAACAAGAAGCUCAUUAUCCCCAGUGGAGGAGGAUUCAUAAGUCCAUUGAGAGGUAUCACAUUCUUCAGGAUAGCUUAAUCAAACUCGUGGAAGCUUGUAAUGACCAAACACAUAACAUGGACCGAUGGCUCAGUAAAUUGGAGGCCUCCAACUGGCUGACUCACAUCAAAGAGAUUCUGACAACUGCCUGUCUGGCGGCUCAGUGUCUCGACAGGGAAGGAGCAUCCAUAUUGAUUCAUGGAACAGAAGGAACUGAUUCCACACUUCAGGUUACGUCCCUGGCCCAGAUCAUCUUGGAGCCAAGAAGCAGGACCAUCCGUGGCUUUGAGGCCUUGAUAGAAAGAGAGUGGCUGCAGGCUGGUCACCCAUUCCAGCAGCGCUGUGCACAGUCAGCCUAUUGUAACAGCAGGCAGAAGUGGGAGUCACCUGUAUUUCUUCUCUUCUUGGACUGUGUGUGGCAGAUACUUCGUCAGUUCCCUUGUUCUUUUGAAUUUAAUGAGAAUUUCCUCAUCAUGCUCUUUGAGCAUGCUUACGCCUCACAAUUUGGAACAUUUCUGGGCAACAAUGAAAGUGAAAGAUGUAAGUUGAAGCUACAGCAGAAAACGAUGUCUCUGUGGUCCUGGGUCAAUAGACCCAGUGAACUGAGUAAGUUCACCAACCCUCUCUUUGAAGCAAACAAUCUUGUCAUCUGGCCUUCGGUUGCUCCACAGAGUCUUCAGCUGUGGGAGGGUAUUUUCCUGCGUUGGAACAGAUCCUCCAAAUAUCUGGAUGAAGCAUAUGAGGAGAUGGUUAACAUCAUUGAAUAUAACAAGGAAUUACAAGCAAAAGUAAAUAUCCUUAGGAGGCAGUUGGCAGAACUGGAGACUGAGGACGGGAUGCAGGAAAGUCCCUGAUUCCAGAUUCCUGCAGGCCUCUAAGGACCAUCCGUCCAGUAUCCCCCCUCUCUCCCUUGCCCUUCAGUUCACCCUCACACAGUAGCCUUGAACUUAAGGCUUUAGAUGUGAGGACCUUCUGAUGUAACGGAUUCCUCAAUACUUUAUGAAUGACGCUUACUGUACUUACUCAUGUUUCACGUGGCCUGUUAGGCCUCUACGCUUUGGGAGCAGGAAGGAGGUGCUAGUCAUUUUAUUUUAUGUGAAACAGGUGACCCAUUUAAUGCUAUUUGUGUUAUAUGCCAUUUCAUCACACAUAAGCUUUUUCUCUGUGUCUACUUUUCCAAACAGUGCUCCAGACCAGUCAAGGAUAUGAUUGAUCUCUUUGGGGAGUAUUCGUUAGUUUAAAAAAGGGUCAGACUUUUAAACACUCCAAAUAUAGAAAUAUUUUUCAAACCUGAAAUGGAUAGUAAACCAAGAAUUUUGUGUUUAACAUGCCAUUUCCAAUAUCUUGGCCACAUAAAGAGCCAUUCUCUUUAAAACAGUUUUGGACUGACAAAGCUGAAAUCAUCUUCAUUCUAGUUUAUCAAGAAAGUAAAAUCUGAAUAUUUACUCAAGGUAAAUUAUUUUUACAAGGGCAACAGGUAUAAUUCUCAGAUAUUUACAUUAAGAAGAUAAAUUUAUUUUAACAGUAGACACUAAAAGUAUGUGCAAUAUAGAAAUAAAGUAGGAAUUUGUUACUGAUAAGAUAUCAUAUUACUGUUGAAUUGGUUUUUCAGGGUUUUGACCAUACGUAUUAAAUGUGUAUCAAAUGCUGGAUGUAACAUUAAACCAUCAUUUAGAAUAGAGGUUGUUAUAAUUAAGCAACAAAUGUGGUUUCCUUAAACCAGAGAUGCACUGCCCUUGUCUGAAGUUCUUAUUGCACUGGUGUAUGUAUGUGUGUGUUUCAUUGUGUUUUAUUUUUAAAUAUUCUAGGAGUUUAAAUUUUUCAUGUUGGCUUGAGCCUUUUGAAAAUUUAUCUUGACUCUUGAUUUGUCCGUUAUAUGUUAGGCAAAUAUAAUUUAAGUGGAGGGGAAAGUUUAUGAACAUGAUAGAGCUAUGUUUUAAACUUCAGAAGCCAAUUCGAAAUGCUUCAAUGCUACAGAAACAUUGAUGACUAUAUUGAUGCUAUGCUGGUUGGUAUAUGCCUGCAACUAUAAAAAGUUUGUGGUUUGGUGCUUUCCAUAUACAUUUCUGUUUUGUGGCACUGCUCGUUUUAACAAAUACUAUCAAUUAUGUUUUCUUUUAAAAGAGUAGUUGAAGAAUAAUCUUUAAUACCGUUUCCAUCCCAUCUGUAUAUAACCAUUUCAUUGUAAAACAGUAAAACUGAACUCUGCUUUAAAGCUAUAUAUUGAGUUAAAAAUACAGUUCUUCAAAAUCAACUCUAGCAAAAGCUAUGGCCACAUUCAGAAACCUUAGAAAGGUUUCUAUCUCUAGUUUCCCAAGCUUGGUCUUUUUUCUGUUUCCUCAGACUUGUAGCAAAAGGCUGGACAAUGGAUCCAUAGUCAGAGCUCUUUUCUAGUAAACUUAUCUGCUUUCUCCUCUAAGCUCAGUUUUAUUCCUGACCUAUUUUCUUGGCUAUAGUUAUGAAUCUUGAGGCAUUAAAGCCCUCGCCUGUAGGCUAAGACAAGGCGCAAAGAAGAUGGACUUUCUGGCUAUAGAUAUCUGUGUACUAUAUGAAAUGUCUAUAUUAUUAUUAUUAUUAUUAUUACUAUUUGGCCACACCCACGGCAUGUGAAUUGUUCCCAGGCCAGGGAUAAAACCUGUGCCACAGCAGCAACCAGAGCUGCUGCAGCAACAAGCCUGGGUCCUUAACCUGAUAUAACAUAAGGGAACACCUGUAUUAAUUUUUUAAAAGAAGAAACAGUCUAGCUUUUUUAUGGACCCUCAAAAUUGAAGGAGCCUUUUUUCCCCUCAUUUAAUGGGCCCAUAAAGAAAACCAUCUAGAGAUUUUUUUUAAAGUGAUGCUUUAGAAGUGACUCUCACUGGUGAUAUUAUGUGGCCAUAACUCUUCUGUGGGUGGAAACUUUGGAGGGAGUUUUUAUUAAGCUUGGUCAUGGAGAAACUGUAUGCUAUCAUUUUUAUACCUGUCUUCCUGAUGAACAUUUUCUUUGUGAGCCAGAGUACAACAAUAGCAUAGUGUUUCAGUUCUUCUUUCUCUUAUUGAGACAGCAAUCAUAAACUGUUGGACAAGAUGAGUUUUAGUGUUAAUUUAUAAUUAGGGAUUGUCCAACCUCAGUGCUGUUUAUAGGGAGUAAAAACAAACUAUAGUAUCAGCGCAGUUUCAAAGGGGUCAUCUAAUAAUGCAAAUACUAAAGUUUACCCAAACUUGAGAACUCUGUCAAAGACAAAUGCUUUAAAAGCAAUAUAACUUGAAGAGGGUUUUUAGUAAUACUAUGAAGUUGCUCAUCUAUUGGAUGAAAAGAAUAAAUACAAUGGAUAAUAUCAUGAGGAGAUAUUUAUUAAAGGUUAUUUGGAGAAUUAUCUUUGAUAAAUAUGGCUUUAAAAACUCUAAUGAAGAGAAUGGUGGCUGAAUUAGUGAGCAUGCAGAUUGCCCCAUACAAGCCAGUAAUAAUCGAGUGAGAUAUAAUCAAAUUCAUGUACAUUAGGCAUCUUCUGCCUUUAUUUAUAGUGAAGGCUGGGUUUACAUUUUGCGGAUGCAAUAAAGGGGGCCCCACAAAGAAUAUUGUAAAAAUACAAAGGAUUGCUUACAGUCCUCUUUCAUCAGUACAGGGAUCCUUAGAUUUAAAUUAAUAGUUUGUUGAUUGUAUACAAAUGUUGAAACUCUUUGGGUGGUAGACUUCAGUAAUUGUUCAAAAAUGUUCAUUUUGAUUUCAUUAAUAUGAGAAGAAGACAAGCAGAAAUUGUAAAACCUGAUAGGCUUAAGACAACCUGUAAAUGAAUUUUAUUCCUAAGAAAAAUUAGGCCUUUGAAGCAAGUUUUUGGAAGAGAUUUUUUGGAAAGCUUUGGAAGACAAUAGUCAUUUAAGAUCUGUAUGGAGAAUUUUAAAACUUCUUUGAAGCCUGAUUUUGUAGAGGUGAUGUCACUGCUUUAAAUUUUAAAGGAUGAAAUUUAGUGAGAUUUUAGUCUUUGAUUCAGUCAGUAUUUAAUGUUAAAAAAAUGUCAAUAUCAUGGAAAAGAUUUGACCAGUAAUUAUCUCUUGAAGGAUAAAAUAGGAGCAACAUUUUGCUGCAUUUAAAGAAAAAAAAAAAUCUGCUUAGAGAUGUAAUUCCUGGAGUUACCGGUUUCAAGAUUAACUAUUUUAAUUGUCAGUCUUAACUAAGUCAUCAGGUUCACCUACUAUCAGACCUUAACCUAAGACACAGUUUUGAUAUUUACCCAUAUUCAGAUUUAAUGUAUGAAAACUACAUAAGUAUUAUUAGCACUCUUUUAUCAUAGAGGUAUUCCUGUACAAAAGGGGGGGGGGCAAUAUUUAGAAUAGCUAAUCCUUUGUUCUGGAAGCUUUGAAAUUAACCAGAGAAUGAAGUCAUUCAGUACCUCUGAAACAGGUUUAUCCUAUACCUCAGGAAAACAGAUUAGUUAUUUCUUAUUCUUUAAUGUGACUUAGAUCUCUUUCCCACCCCCCACAGCUGGUAUCCUAAGUUUACUACUAGGUAGUAUUUUUUGUGUAAUUCACCAUCUUAACAAAAAACAUUAAAAGACUAAUUUCUACAUGAAUAUUUAUUCUCAGAUGAUAUGAAAUGCUAAUUUUCUAAUUUUUGUUUCCUUGAAUAAAACUACUUCUACCUUCACUCAGUCUGUAUAAUCUAGUGUCCACAGAAUUUUCUUCCUUUAAACCAAUAGCCCAGAAGAGGCCUCUGAGACUCCAGGGCUAGGUUUUUAGACGGUCUGAACUUGUUAUCUAAACUCCCUUUAAUAAACCUAAUGUCCUAUUUUGAACUAUAGUCCAGAACUGUAGUUUGUACUUAAUUUAGUGAAAGUUAAUGGGGCUCACUUUAGACACUACAUUGUCCUGGAAAAUAAUUGUCGAUGAGAGCUUACUGACUUCCAGAGCCAAUUUGUUUAACCAUCUGUGAUUAUACAGAUUAUAUAUUUGGGAUUUGAAAUAAAAAGUUGUGCAACACUGCCUGUGUUUGUCUGCUCAAGACAUUUGCUUCACUUUUCAAAUGUACAUAUCCUUGGAGAGGUGGAUUGAUUAUUCUACACAAAUAUACCCUGAGUUCCGUAGUUUAGACAUCCUUGUAUAUCUUUUACCAUCUACACUGAAAAGGUUGUACUUGCACAACUUAGUUAUUAAAAAAAAAAAAGUAUGUAUUUCUUCAAUAGCCAGGUAUUUGGAUGUACUCUUGAUAUAUUUGAAUGUGACUCUUGGAUUUAAGUGCACUAUUAUUCAUGUCUUAUACAAUAAAAUUGCCCUGUAUGGCAAAUGCGUCUAUAAUGUAUGCUCAGAGUGCUGUAACAUACAGGUUUCUAUAUUAUGAACCUGUCUACAUGUAGGGGAAAAUUCUGAACUUUUGUUAAGUCUAUGUAACAUUUUAAUAUUAUUUGUAAUGUUUCCUUAAGCGGUAAGUUCACCUAUGUCCUAAGACUGGAAUCAUUUAUCUUGAGUUGGUUGCUUUGUCAGGUUUGGUUUACUAAGUCAAGAAACAGUCUUGUAGAACAUGGUACUAUUAUCUUAGUGUAUAAGAUUUGUGUGUCACAUUUUCCCUCUGCCUUAGAGGACUGUUGCUAGUGUUAAAUUUCUAUAGACAAUGGUAAUAAAAUUUGAAUACAUUCAAAUGCAGUAAA